UCUGUGAUUUUGAGGCUCAUUAAUUUGGAGGAAUCUCCAUAAACAACUUUUUUUAAGCAACUUGUACCAUCCCCAAAAUUAUACUAGGGGUCCUAUAUUUUCAGAUUUCAGGUAUCCUUACUUGGUGUUCUAAUAACAAUAUAACAAAUCGCUCCAUAUUUGAGCAAAGAUUAAUUGACUUGGUGCUCUGUAUUUUCUCCCAGAUUCGCAAGCGUUUUAGAGAUUGUAGAGUUGAUAACAGUGCUGCUGCUGCACUCUGCUACAUGGUUCUCAAUGGAGCGUCCAUAUACCUAGAGAAUGUACAAUGUCGAACACCGCUAUAUUACAUCAAGAAUGCUGAGCUGAAGAAGACCUUGAAGAAGAUCGCUCGUGAAAAGAUAGAUGGUGAUAUGGCUUCAUGGGAGGAACCCGGGGAGGACUCGACUGAGAAUGAAAGUGGAGCUGAUUUUCCCGCAGGAAACCAACAGAAAAUUGACAAGCCAGAAAUUGAAGGUAAAGAGGUUGGUUUGAAGGUGGGAGAUCUGGUAGCUAUUACUCUGGACAGUGAAACAUUGCAUAUCAUGCAACAGAUGGGUGGGCAAGAGUGGCUACCAGAAAUGGGAAAUCUGUAUGGGAAGGUUGCCAAGGUUACUGGUAUCAACUCAAGCGGGAAUGCAGAGGUCACUUACCCUGAGAGAAAAGAACAACCUUUCACCUUCAAUCCACAUGUACUGAACAAGGUUCCUAGGCUAGGUAAGGGAGACCGUGUGCAGAUCAAUAAAGACUUGACGUUUGUGAGGAAUCUUCACGAAAACAGUCUAAAUGGAUGGAUCGAUGGCAUGGAAAAGCUGUAUGGGAAGGUUGCCAAGGUUACUGGUAUCAACUCCAGCGGGAAUGCAGAGGUCACUUACCCUGAGAGAAAAGAACAACCUUUCAUCUUCAAUCCAGAUGUACUGAACAAGGUAUGGUCUUAA